AAUAGACUUGGUUGCAACUUGCUAGCUGUUAUCAUAUUUCAUAACUAGAACACCUUUUAAUUUUUGAAUGUGUAUUUCACUGUAACGUGCAAAUAAUUUGUCAUGAGUUCAUUUUAUCUUGCAAACUGAUGCUCUCUCUCUCUCUCAUGCACAUAUGUGCACGCGCACACACAAGAAGCAUAUCCAUACCUUUAAAUUUUGGUAGUUGUGUUUAUCCCAUCCAAGGUUUACUUUUUUCAUAUCUUUUGCCAGUAAAGAGAUUCAUAUGUUGAGAUGAGUUAUCCCAUAUACAGAUUUUAUGAAUUAACAUGUAGAUUCUACGUUAACCAUGGAUCUACUCAGUAAAGUCAAUGUGCUGGGCCAGGUUUCUUUUUAUGAAGCCAUUGCAUUUUUUGUUUGGAAAUUCUAUGCCACCAAUUGCCUUGCUGGGGCAUCUGGUUCCUUGACAGAGCCUUUACAAGUGCCAAGAGAUAUUGAUCUCUCUCCAGGGCAACCCCUACAAUCCAGUCAACCAUCUAGUGGCCUAGGUGUUAUUGGCCGGAGAAGUGUUUCGGACCUUGGUGCCAUUGGUGAUAAUCUCACUGGAUCUGCUGUAAAUUCUGGGGCAAUGCACAAUCAGUUAUACAAUUUACAGAUGCUUGAGGCUGCAUAUCACAAGCUUCCUCAACCUAAAGACUCAGAACGAGCUAGGAGCUAUAUUCCAAGGCACCCGGCAGCCACCCCUCCUAGCUAUCCUCAAGUUCAGUUACCAAUGGCAAGUAACCCUGCAUUCUGGGAACGUCUAAGCAUGCAUAGUUAUGGAACUGAUACCUUGUUCUUUGCUUUUUACUAUCAACAGAAUACCUAUCAGCAGUAUCUGGCUGCGAAAGAGCUAAAGAAGCAAUCUUGGAGAUACCACAGAAAAUACAACACCUGGUUUCAACGGCAUGAGGAGCCAAAAGUUACUACUGAUGAAUAUGAACAGGGGACAUAUGUGUAUUUUGAUUUCCAUGUUGGCAAAGACGACAAACAAGGAUGGUGUCAAAGAAUCAAGACGGAGUUCACUUUUGAGUAUAACUAUCUUGAAGAUGAACUCAUUGUCUAGAAGAUGUGCAUUACUAGAAAUAUCGCUUGUUUAACCCUUGAUGAUUGCUUCUUGUGAAUUCGUAGCGUUACAAUUGAAUUUGGCGGCGGUGAGAAUCACGAAUUCGGGUCUUAAUUCAUUUUCUUUGGUACACUGGUUGUUAGAUUCCAUGUUUUUUUUCAUUUUUUUGGAAUUUGUAAUUGGCAAGUGUAAGACAGACAUGAACUUUUCUUCUGAAGCAUAUUAAUCCAAACAAUUUCUUUAACCCUUUCGUGUAUAAAAAAUACUGGAACACCAUUCUUUCUUU